ACCGAGCGCCAAGCUUAACUUCGUCGACCACGUCGUGGGGAACCAGCCCGACCUCCAGAUGGUCCCAGUGGCAGACUGGUAUCAGAAGAACCUGCUCUUCCACCGCUUCUGGUCGGUGGAUGACAAGCAGCUGCACACUGAGUUCAGCGCCCUGCGCUCCAUCGUGGUCACCAACUACGAAGAGACCAUUAAGAUGCCCAUCAACGAGCCAGCACCCGGCAAGAAGAAAUCCCAGAUUCAGGAAUACAUUGACUACUACGGAGGGGCCGGAGUCCAGCACAUCGCGCUGAACACCUCCGACAUCAUCUCUGCGAUCACCAACCUGAAGCAGCGGGGCACACAGUUCAUGGACGUGCCGUCCAGCUACUACCAGGUGCUGCGGGAGAGGCUGAAAACUGCCAAAAUCAAAGUGAAGGAGAACAUCGACAAGCUGGCGGAAUUGAAAAUCCUGGUGGAUUUUGAUGAGAAGGGCUACUUGCUCCAGAUCUUCACCAAACCAGUUCAAGACAGACCCACGGUCUUUCUGGAGGUCAUCCAGCGGCAUAACCACCAGGGCUUCGGCGCCGGGAACUUCAAGUCUCUGUUUGAAGCGAUAGAAAUGGAUCAAGACGCAAGAGGAAACCUGACCAUCCUGAAGCCCAACGGGGAGACCAAGCGCAUCUAG